AUCAUUCUUUGGAAGCCGUCGAGGCAAGAUUUCUGAGACAAGUUCUGGGGUUUACAAGACAGAUUUUAGCUUUUCUAAAUCAUUUUGAACUGCUAUUUAAAGGAUUACAGCACUCAAUUGUCCAUUAGUCCAACGGCAUCAUGGUGGAGCAAGAGGGACUGUUGUCAUGCGGGCAUCCUCCGGAAAACUGUUAUCCGACGAUAGUUAUGACCUCCCGGUUACGUGCGUUGGGUGGAAGAAUUAAUAAUAUCCGCACCUCAGAAUUACCCAAAGAGAAAACCCGAUCCGAAGUCAUCUGCAGCAUCCGCUUUUUAGAUGGCUUGGUACAGACCUUUAAAGUUAACAAACAAGAUACCGGUCAAGUUCUUCUGGAUAUGGUAUACAACCACCUGGGCGUGACCGAGAAGGAAUAUUUUGGUCUGCAGCACGGCGAUGACUCGGUGGACUCUCCCAGAUGGCUGGAAUCGAGCAAACCCAUCAGGAAGCAGUUAAAAGGAGGUUUCCCCUGUACCCUGCAUUUUCGAGUAAGAUUUUUUAUACCUGAUCCCAACACACUGCAGCAGGAACAAACCAGGCAUUUGUAUUUCUUACAACUGAAGAUGGAUAUUUGUGAAGGAAGGUUAACCUGCCCUCUUAACUCAGCAGUGGUCCUAGCCUCCUACGCAGUACAAUCUCACUUUGGGGACUAUAAUUCUUCCAUUCAUCAUCCGGGCUAUCUCUCUGACAGUCAGUUUAUACCCGAUCAGAGCGAUGACUUUGUGACGAAGGUGGAAUCUCUCCACAAGCAGCACAGUGGGCUGAAACAGUCGGAAGCUGAAUCUUGCUACAUCAACAUUGCACGGACCCUCGACUUCUACGGAGUGGAGCUGCACGGUGGCAGGGACCUGCACAGUUUAGAUCUAAUGAUUGGAAUUGCUUCCUCGGGCAUCGCCGUGUACCGAAAAUAUAUUUGCACAAGUUUCUAUCCUUGGGUGAACAUACUAAAAAUUUCUUUCAAAAGGAAAAAGUUCUUUAUACAUCAGCGACAAAAGCAGACAGAAUCCAGGGAACAUAUUGUGGCCUUCAACAUGUUAAAUUACCGAUCUUGCAAAAACUUGUGGAAAUCGUGUGUCGAGCACCAUACGUUCUUUCAGGCAAAGAAGCUACUACCUCAGGAAAAGAAUGUUCUGUCUCAGUACUGGACUCUGGGCUCUAGGAACUCAAAAAAGUCUGUAAAUAACCAGUGUUGCAAAAAAGUGAUUGGAGGGAUGGUCUGGAACCCAGCCAUGCGGAGAUCUUUAUCGGUGGAGCAUUUAGAAACCAAGAGUCUACCUUCUCGGUCCCCUCCCAUUACUCCCAACUGGCGGAGCCCUCGGCUCCGGCACGAGAUCCGAAAGCCACGGCACUCGUCUGCGGACAACCUCGCCAACGAGAUGACGUACAUCACCGAAACCGAGGAUGUGUUUUACACGUACAAGGGCUCCCUGUCCCCGAAAGACAGCGACUCUGAGGUUUCUCAGAACCGGAGCCCGCACCGCAAGAGUGUAUCCGAGAACAAUCCAGCACACAGCUGCCUGACCCGGAAGUCAUCCAGUUCUGUGUCUCCGUCUUCAAAUGCUCCAGGCUCCUGCUCACCAGAUGGCGUCGAUCAGCAGUUCUUAGAGGACUUCCACAGGGUGACCAAAGGGGGCUCCAGCGAGGACUCCAGCCAGUACUACUGUGACAAGAACGAUAAUGGUGAUGGCUACUUAGUCUUGAUCCGCAUCACGCCAGAUGAAGACGGAAAAUUUGGAUUUAAUCUAAAGGGAGGAGUGGAUCAAAAGAUGCCUCUUGUGGUCUCCAGGAUAAACCCAGAGUCACCUGCAGACACCUGCAUUCCAAAGCUGAACGAAGGGGAUCAAAUCGUGUUAAUCAAUGGCCGGGACAUCUCAGAACACACCCACGACCAGGUGGUGAUGUUCAUCAAAGCCAGCCGGGAGUCCCACACGCGGGAGCUGGCCCUGGUGAUCAGGAGGAAAGCUGUGCACUCAUUUGCUGACAUCAAAUCGGAAGAUGAGCUGAACGAGCUUUUCCCAGAGGCCAUUUUCCCCGUGUGUCCGGAGGGUGGGGACACUCUGGAGGGAUCCAUGGAACAGCUAAAGAAGGGCCUCGAAAGUGGCACGGUGCUGAUCCAGUUUGAGCAACUCUACAGAAAGAAGCCCGGUUUAGCCAUCACAUUUGCAAAGCUGCCUCAAAAUUUGGACAAAAACCGAUAUAAAGAUGUGCUGCCUUAUGACACCACCCGGGUCUUACUGCAGGGAAACGAAGAUUAUAUUAACGCGAGCUCUGUGAAUAUGGAAAUUCCUCCUGCUCACCUUGUGAACAAGUACAUUGCCACUCAGGGCCCCCUGCCACAUACCUGUGCACAAUUCUGGCAAGUCAUCUGGGAUCAGAAGUUAUCACUCAUCGUCAUGUUGACGACUCUCACAGAGCGAGGGCGGACCAAAUGUCACCAGUACUGGCCUGAUCCUCCUGACGUCAUGGAAUACGGCAGCUUUCACAUCCGAUGUCAGUCAGAGGACUGCACCAUCGCUUACGUCUUCCGAGAAAUGCUGGUCACAAACACCGAGACCGGAGAAGAGCACACUGUGACGCAUCUCCAGUACGUCGCGUGGCCCGACCACGGCGUGCCCGAUGACCCCUCGGACUUUCUGGAAUUUGUAAACUAUGUGAGGUCCCUCAGAGUGGACGGUGAACCCGUCUUAGUUCACUGCAGUGCUGGAAUAGGUCGAACCGGUGUGUUGGUCACCAUGGAAACAGCCAUGUGCCUCAUUGAGAGAAACCUGCCCGUUUACCCACUGGAUAUUGUCCGGAAAAUGCGAGACCAGCGCGCCAUGAUGGUGCAGACAUCAAGCCAGUACAAGUUUGUGUGUGAAGCGAUUCUUCGUGUUUAUGAAGAAGGCUUAGUCCCAAUGCUGGAUCCCAGUUAAGACAACUGUGAAAACGUUCAUUCCUGUCUCCCAAGGGCAUCCUCCUCCAGGACUGACCUGCUCUCUGGAAGCAGCAAGAGGGAUCUGUGGGCUGUGGGAAAGGAAUGAGCACAUUUGAACCCAGGCACUUUAAGUUUCUGUAGAAAAUAGGUAUCGUGUACAUAGGAACUGUGUAUAUACGCAUGCAGUUAUAGCAUCGUUUAGGCCCGUUGUUCCUCUGGAGAGAAAUAAGCCAAAGGAGAUCUGAGUUUGGGGCCUGUCCUAAUGCGUUCCUCUCUAGACAUUACCGUGUUCCUGUAAACCAUCCUCCAGCGAAUGAGAGGGGACGCCCGCAGUGCCGUUGACCUCCCAGAAGCGAGAGGGUGUGGCUAUUUAGAGUUGCUGGGGUGUUUUGUGUGUAUAUGUGUAUAGGACUCUAAGGGCUGAGCUGUCUGUGUUUCUGGGCGGAGCUGGAACAGUUAGCGUUCCCCUGCCCCAACGCUAAGGAAACCCCGUGAAUGUACUGAACGGCAGAGUGGUGGGGUCUCAGGCUGAAGGAUGAGCAGCAUCUCUUUCUGCCCUCCCUUCCUUUGUGGCAUCUCCCUGCCACUUCCGAUAUUCGUGUGUCUGAGAAUUGUGUCCAAGAUGUCCCGCUUCACCCCUGCAUUAGCAACCGCUUUCAGGUUCACACGCGGUGCCUGAACCGGCUGAGUAAUGUAGGUUCCCGUGAGUUUUCAGCAGAGACUCUGAGAACAAGGGCUCCCGGUGUUGUCUUGUCAUCUCGUGCGUUCGUUUUAGGAGUGGGUGCUGCUUGCCUCUGCUCGCCGCGUGCUGUACACUCAACCCAAGACUGGAAUCACCAACUACUGAAUCUACGACAUGGUUUGCUGCUACUUCGAGCUAUUACACUUGAAACAUUAUGAUUUUCCUGAGGGGAGAUGGGAUUUCAUCUAAAUAUUCAGAAUCUUUGGCCCUUCUAAGGAAAGAUCUUCUAGUCAUUGAACCAUGGGAAACCCAGCUUCUGGAGGGUUGUCCAUGGAUGUGUGUGUGUGUGUGUGUGUGCACGCCCAUGGGUGAGUGUUUCUCAGGAUCCCUAACUUGAUUCAAAUUACAGUUGAGUUUAUAUAAAGAAUGAGUCUCUGUAUAAAGGAACAAAUGUGUGCUUUCACCCUCAGUUUCAAUGGUCUCCAUUUCAUUUCAAAGGAGAAGAUCAGACUAUCUGAAUAUAAACACAAUUUGAUGUUAAUUUAUUCUAAGUACGCCAUGAUUUUGAUUGUCCUAAAGAAUUCUGCCUUUGUUGAUACUGUGUUAAAUUUUUUUAAAAUUUGUGACAGGAUUGUAGCAAAUUAUUAUUUAAGGAAAAUAAAUUACAUAAAAAUUCCAAUGUGGUAUUUUUAAACAGCGGUUUUUAUGUAUCCAGAAGAGGAAGCUCAGCCAGUUUCUUAACAGGAUUUAUAGAAAAAGGAUGCUUUUGUCUUGUAUACAGAAGUGAAGCCAUUUUGAUGUUUGGCAAACUCUGGACUAACUGAGUAGUUUCCUGGUUAUGAGAUGGAAAAAGACCUAUACGGUGGGGGCCGGGUUUCUAAAGCUUCUUUAUCUAGACCUAGCACAUUUACUUGCAUAAUUUCCCACCUUUUCCCCACCAAUAUUUGACUGCUUAAAUGGCAGAGUGGAAGGGAGCGGUUACGCAGUGCCGGAUCCCCAUACUGUGAAACAGGAGACCACCCCUGCCCCAUCCUUGUGGGCAUAGUGCCGGGCUAGCAGAAGGAAGCAGGAAGGUUUGGGGCCAAGCAGUGGGGGAUUUGGCUCCUCGUCCCAUAACUAGCUCUAGGCCUCGUCACUAAGAGCACUACUUCUAUGUCCUCAUCCAUACAAUAGGGGACAUAAUUCGGACAACUUUAGGCCGAAUACGAGGAUUGAAUAAAAUCCUGCUAUCGAUGGGAAUUUUCAUCGGCUGGAACCUGACACUGCUGUAGAUGAGUUACUUGGAAAGGUUAACUUAUCAGUGAUUCGCCCCAAAAACGCACGAAACAGAAGUAGAAUCGUACAAGUUUUUAUACGAUAAAAUUGCUUUUCUUCAAGCGAGACCAGAAGCACAAAAGAAUAUCAUACCAGUACCUUUGUUCAAUCUGGACCCAGAAGAAUUCUACCAGCAAAGCACCAAAACAGAGGGGAAGGCGGGAAAGCGAAGGGAGAUUUCAAUGCCAUCAGGAUAUUUAGCAAAUCAUUGGCAUUUGAUAAAAAUGCUUCAUCACCCUGUCUGCGAAAAACUGGAGAAGUCUAAAUGUGUUUGGAGAUUUGUUUGUUUUUUUUAAAAAAACAAAUUUUUUCAUAUGGUUGCAGAAAUGCUGCCAGUAUUGUUACAUAAAUUUCUAGAAGCUUACCAAAGGUUGCAGCUAGCCUUUUUCUGCCACUGUGCAGGCCCACAGUUCAGACUCGGCAGAUAGUACCAGGAACAAAAUUGAUGAAAUACUAGGGAAGAACAAGGCAAGAGAAUUAUCGCACAGGGCGAAACAGGCAAGUAAAUGCUAUUGAUCCUGCCGAUUACAUUCUGUAGCUCAGGAUUCCUGCUUCGCCACCUUAAACACCUCAGCAGUUAUACUUAAGCCUUUCAGUCCUAAGUGAAGAACGUCAAAAUCAGCAUAAAUAUUUUUCCUAGGAAAUUUGGCUGCAUGUGGAUGGAGAGACAUUUCCGUCCUGAGUUCUGGCACUCUGGAAGUUCUAAUUAGACGCACCGAUGUGCUGGCUUUAUCAAGAUGGCGAUCCCUCCUGGGGUCACUCUAUAGAACCUGCACUUGGUGUUUUGAAUUUCCAGAGAAAAAUGCAACUCAAUUUGGUUGGGGGAGUGCGGGAUGUGGGAAGGUUUGGGUCACAAACUUGUGCUGGUCUUCCAUUCUGGUCACAGUCAUUAAUCCUUAAAUAUGCUUUUAGAUUUGUGUAGACGCUAUUGCUGCUAUGUUGCUACUUGACAUUUUUCUCUUCCUCAGAUAUUAUCAUUUAAGUGCAAAAAACAGGUCCCUUCAUCCUCAAGAGGCAACAGAGAGGCAGCAUCAAUGAGGAAAGAUGGUAAGAGGCAGGACUUGCGGGUAGCCCUAGACUGAGGCAAGAUGUGUCGCCUGGGCCAUUGGUUUCCUUAUAUGUGAAAGGGGAGGGUUGGGCUGCACUAGAUGAGUUCUCUGGUUCUCUCAGUGUUUACCAUGCUGGGAAUCUGUAUUCCAGAGAAUCAAAAUCCCAAAUCAAAGCUGUAUGGCUACUGAAGACAUAUGGAUCACAUUUCUGUGACUUGUCCCCAAGAGACUGUCCCUCAAACCUUGGCACUACUGAAUGCAAAGACAAGGAUUGCCACCCUCUGGUUCUUGCCAUCCUAAGCUGAGAACCAACUCAGUGAAGAUGGCAAAGCCUGACCUCAUCCUGAGGAACAAAACACGUGGGAGUCUGAUGGCCGGACUGUCCGCCAUCUUUCAAACUUAUUCUGUUUGGAGCAACAAAAGGAUUUGUGUUAUGUAGCUUUGAAAAGUAUCUUAAUUGAUCAAUGUUUUUUCUGUAAAUUUGGAAUGUUUUUCAUUCUGACCUGUUCUGUCAGUGACUGUACUGAAAAACAAUUUGAUCACUAUAAAAACAUUCAAGCUAUGCAACACUA